AUGGCUUCCAGCGGAGCCCGGCGCUGGCAACAGCUUGUCCAGGAGCUGAUCUUGAUCGCUGGCACAUCUCUUUCAACAUAUUUUGUCGUCCGGUUCCUAUUGUCCAAACUUGAACUCGACCCAGACAGCCAAAAGCGUGAAGAGGCCAGACGGAAGUCCGCCGCAGUACUCAAACGAUUAGACAGGGAAGAAGACUCAGAUAAUGAAUCAUCAGGGAGCGGGAAGAAAAAUGGUCAACGGCGGCAGCGGAAGGAGAAGCUUGUCUUGACCCAGUAUGAGCAGACAAUAGCUAUGGACGUUGUCGCGCCAGAAGACAUCCCCGUGUCAUUCGACGAUAUCGGUGGCCUGGAAGAUAUUAUUGAGGAGUUGAAGGAGUCCGUUAUAUAUCCGCUUACCAUGCCACAACUAUACCGAACAUCUUCUUCUUUGCUUAGUGCACCAUCCGGAGUUCUACUCUACGGGCCCCCGGGAUGUGGAAAGACUAUGCUGGCAAAGGCUCUUGCACAUGAAAGCGGAGCAUGUUUCAUAAAUCUACACAUUUCAACCUUGACGGAAAAAUGGUACGGAGACUCGAACAAGCUGGUUAAUGCCGUUUUUUCGCUUGCACGGAAGCUAGAGCCAAGCAUUGUCUUCAUUGACGAGAUCGAUGCCGUCCUGGGAACAAGGCGCAGUGGAGAACACGAAGCCAGUGGCAUGGUAAAAGCAGAAUUUAUGACCCACUGGGACGGGUUGACUUCUGCAAAUGCCAUGGGCCAACCCCAGAGGGUUCUUCUCCUCGGUGCUACCAACCGGAUCCAGGAUAUCGACGAAGCUAUAUUACGACGGAUGCCCAAAAAAUUCCCUGUCACUUUACCCCUAGCGCCUCAGAGGCAGAGGAUCCUUAGUCUUGUACUCAAAGACACAAAGGUAGACAAAGAUGACUUUGAUGCUUCAUAUCUCGUUAAAGUCAUGGAGGGAAUGUCAGGAAGUGAUAUCAAAGAAGCAUGCAGAGAUGCAGCUAUGGUCCCUGUCAGAGAACUUAUCCGAGAAAAACGAGACGCUGGGGCAAUGAUACACUCCGUCGAUCCCGGAGAGGUACGAGGAGUCAGGACAACCGACUUCUUCAAGAGAGCUGGUGCAGUCAAAUCCUCAAGGCACACAAGCUCCGCAUCAGUAAGGAAGUCCAUCUCCGAGAAAGACUGGAGCACCGAGUCAGAGCAGGACGAGAUGGUUGACGCACCUGCCGUCGUCCCUGUAGCAGAGGGACUGGACUAG